UCACAUUUGAUAUAGAUAGUUAUUUAUAUUCUAUUUAUAUAUACAUAUAUGAAUGUCUAUUACUACAUUCAAAAUUUUAUAGUAUAUUUUGUAUAUGUAUUCUUAAUAUGAUAUUGGGUGUAACUUGAUAUUAUUUAUGAUAAACAUACAAUUAAAAUGACAAAUGUAAUUGUAAUUGCGUUCAAGCUAAGAGUACUAUAACUGCUUAUAGAAUUUAAUCUGUAUUAACUGUAUAUAACAUACAAUUGAGUCAUUACUGAACAAUUAGGUAAAGCUAGGUGCUAUUUAGAAUGUAGAGGACAAUUAUAUUUAUAAUUCUUAUCAGUUUGAAUAAUUUUCUUAAAAUUCACUACAUGUUAAAAGUGAAUAAGAUUAAUUACAAUGAAUAUGUGGUUUUGGUUUGGAAACAAUUUAGGCAAUUUUCUUUUACCAAAGUAUAAUGUUAUUACAACUUCCAGUUUCUUCUGCACAUGCUUAGGUUUAUUUGCACUUGCAAUAUUAUACGAGGGUAUGAAAGUUUUACAAAUUAAAUUACAUCAAAGUACUUCAACCCUUAUACAAAAUCAAAGCCCAACAACAUCAGAGAAUUCUUGUUUACUGUCUAAAAUAUCUUCAAGAUCUAUUAGAAAACAUGUUUCUUUACAUUGUAUGCAAUGGUCUACGUGGAGUUUUCAAGUAUUUCAUUGGUUUAUACAUACCUUUCUUGGUUAUGUUUUAAUGUUAGCUAUUAUGACAUAUAAUGUAUACAUAAAUAUUGCUAUUGUACUGGGAGGAGGUCUUGGAUAUUGGAUAUUUGGCCUAAAACUCAUAGAACUGAAUGUGGAACGAUUUUUUGAAAAACGUACUCUGUUAGAUUGUGAUAAGGAAUGUGCUGAUAACAUAGUACAUUGCCAGGAAGAUGAAUUAACAGUCUCUGUUAUCACAGAACAGUUUGUAACAGAAGCUACUGUUGAGGUUCAUAUGCCAAAAGAUGUUUGACAAUACUAAAAAUACUCAAUAUUUCCUUCUUCCUUUAAGCAAACAAACGUUGAUAACAAUUCUCACCACCAGACAAGAAAUGAUCGUAUGGAUUUUUUGUAGUAAUAAGCAUUCCACAAAGCCAGCAAAAACAAGCCUGACAAUAAUUGCAUGUCAUUUUAUUGCAUCCGUCAAUUUUCUCAGCCAUAGAUGCACAAUUUGGGCAUGCCUUAGUAUGUUUC